AGAAGAUGAUGACUAUAACGUUGAUGAAGGCAGACCCUUGAACAAUUUUUCAGAAAAAAAUUCAGAAUGGUGUGAGAAAAAUAAUUUCAAUAAGUAUGAGAAUUCUGGACAACGACAAGAAAGACUAAAUCAAAAUUAA